CCACCAACCCAACAAUUUCAGGAAGCGCAGUGAAAUUGCAAAACUGCACAAACUGCAACAAAAAGACCUUCGUCCUUUAUUUACACUAUCGUCGCGUCUAGUUUUUCCUCGAUAACCGAAAUCUAGGAUGUGAUGGCAGCUAUAUUGUCGCAGUACAGCACCACCGGCUUUUACAAAGCCCCAGUCAGCAAGGCCUUGAUGGGAUCCGUCUUCCUGGCCUGCACAGCCCUCAACACUCCGGCCCUGGCCCACCUGCGGCCGUAUCUCCUUUGCAGACUGCCAGAGUCGUUCGCCGAGCCGUGGCGCUUGCUCACCUCCAGACUCACCUUCCUGGACACGAAGGACCUGGUCUGCGGCGCCCUUCUCAUCUACUAUUUCCGAAUAUUCGAACGCCGCUUCGGCUCACACAAGUUCUCGUCCUACCUUCUGGCCACUGGUCUGUUGGCCACUCUAUUCGAGGCGGCCGUCGUCUAUGCCAUCAGGCCGCUGGGCUUUCACGACGGCCUGCUUCCGCCAGGACCGUACUGUCUUAUCUUUCCUUUGUUUGUCAACUUUUUCUUUGACAUACCCCGGGUGGUCACAACGCAUUUUGUCGGAUUCCCCGUCACAGGGAAAACCCUGACUUAUAUUCUAGGCCUGCAAGUGUGUUCCACAAGCUCUGCAAAUUUCGUCACAGCCUUAUGUGGCAUUGCAGCUGGCUUGGUAUGGAGGAGUGGAGUCUUGAACUGGCUAAGUGUACCUGGGUUUGUGGCCCGCGCUUGUGAUCUCACCAUUGGCCGCCUCUUGCGGUCGCAGGCGCCAGCCCUUGGUGCUGUUGGGGCCACACUAGAGCUGCAGCGGCAGCAGCAAAUGGAGCUGCUUGAACAGCAGUUGCAAAUCAACAGAGCCAGGGACCAUAGAACGAGACAUGGUCAGGGUUACGCGGAGACGCUUGUUGGUCCAGACCAUCACGGGUGGCAGGCGAACCAAAACGAGCCUCAACCAGCAGGGGUGAACAACGCCGAGCAACAGGAGGAGCAGGUGGCGCGGCUUGUGGACAUGGGCUUCGACAGGGAGAGUGUGGUGAACGCCCUGAGGGCGGCCAACAACGACCUGAACACGGCCACCAACCUGCUGCUUCAAGAGGGCUGAAGACCAAAAACUCAACAGCGAUACAACUUAAUAACAAGCUGAACUGUGAACGCUGAUAGUAAUUUCCUCAGCGAGAAAGACUUGAAUUUCGAAGAAGUCGCCGGUCAUUGUUUCUUAAAUAUUUGUUCUUUUUUUUUCCUCGAAUUUUAUUAAUAUAUAUUGCAGCGUGCGAGACAGUACGUGCGUCUAUCAUGAGUGUGAUGAAUAAAACUGUGACUAAAAUGAGAAUCUAUGCUGCCGA